GGCUUUUCGAAAAAUUGCAACAAAAGAAUUCCCAAGCUCGUCCGCUGCUCUCGCGAUCUGACGCUCCGAACCCUAGAAAAGGAACUCGAAAUAGGGGAGAACCACGCAGUUCUUGUGGAGGAUCGAUCUCCCGAGGCCAGCUUGAUCCUUCCCAUCGCAUUUUCGUUCUUGCAUCGAUCCCACCGGUCGACGUCCUUCGGUUCCAUUUCUACGGUUUCGUCGGAUCUCCCUUGCCUUUUCCGCGUCGAAAAUGAUGGCCCAACCGACGUGCGUCGACGGAUCUCCGCUUUCGGCUCAAAUGGUAGUGGAUAAGAUACAUAUCUCUUUGGCCUGGCUCGCUUUCUUGUUUCGGUUUUGUCUCUGAAUUGGAGGUUGGUGGUUUCGGCUGGGAACGCGUUUGUUCUGCAGCAUUGCCUUAUCCGCCAGCAGUCGCCCAAGCUGAUAUACCGGUUCUAGCAGUAAAGCAGCAAGCUCGGGAGACAGGAUGCCCAUGGUGCCUUGUGCUCGGUCACUACCGCCGAUGCAAUUAGCGAGAAGAUGGGAGCGGAUAUCAAAACGGUGGACGCCCAAGAAUCUCUCGGUGGUGGGGUGAUUGUGCUUACGACGGGUUUGCUUACGUACGAGAACAAUCUUAAAUCCAACUGCACGCAGUCCUCCUUUCGUGCUCCCCAGGGCAAGGGUUACCAUGUCCUGAAUGACAUAUUCAGGCUCGUGGAUGAGUUCGAUCUCCAGCAGAGGCACCAGGGCUUAGGGAAUGGUACUGGUGCACCUAAUGCAGCGGAGCGUGAUUUACCUCCAGAACAGGAGGAGCAUGCUCCGGGCCCAACAGUUCCAUUGACAGUAGAAAAAUAGGAGGUAAAAUCGAGGAAAGUCUAUACUCUUUUAGACAAUGGGGAGGUUGUGGAAGAGGAAGAACCUACAGGUGUAGUGAUUGAUGAAGUUUCGAACAGUUCUCUGGCAGUUGUGGUUGAAUCAAAAGUUGUCACCGUCCAAGAGGAGAUGCCAAAGAAAUCAUAUGCUUCAAUUGUGAAAGUCAUGAAAGAUAAUACUUCUGCAUCAAUUCCAUCAUGUGUUCCUUCUAAGCUAACACCAAUUAAAAUAUAACCAUGUGCUGGCCCUGUCCCUGCUGCAACUUAAGCAUCUGAUAUGCCUACAUCUGGUUCUAUUGUUCAAAGCAGCAAUGUCCAAGAGGCAGAAGCCGAUGGAUAUUCCAUAUACGUGAAAAAUUUACCUUUGGAUGCAACACCUGCUCAACUUGAGGAGGAGACCAAGAGACAUGGUCCUAUUAGGCCAGAUGACUUACAAGUUAGAAGCAAUAAGUUGGUAACUGAGGAAGAUAUGCACCCAGUAGAGGAGGUGGGUUCCGCAAUAUGAUGAGACAGGCUGUGGUAACUAUGGUGGUGGGAGGUAUUAUAGUAAUGGGGGCUUAAAUACUAGACCUGAUCUUGGUGGCAGAAGCCAACCUGGUUCCUCAGCCAUCAGUGCAUCCACCAAUAAUUGAAUGGAGGUAUUGCGUUUGGGAUUGUACAAUUCAAGCUUGUCAGUUUUCGGUCCGUCCUCAGAUUGGCUGGAACACAUACUCAAAUGAGUAUCGUCUUUCCUAUUGUUUUAGGAAAAAGUUCAAGAGGUUAUCUUUGGAGUGGGAGCUUUUGUUUUGUUUCAUGUAAACUAUUUUUGCUAGUGGCAGCAAUACGUGAUAAACACUUGAAUUAAUGAUUGUGUAGAAUAUGGAUGUCAUGAGAAUGAUGUUCGAUUAUAAGUAGCAGCCUAUUUGCCUGGGUA